UAUUUAGCAUUUACAGCUCCUCUUAAAUUCCUCACCUAAUCACCAGCUGAACCAUCCCAUUCCAUGCUCACUCAUCUCAGCCUUAAAAAAUAUAUAAAACCCUUCUUGGUUCUUAACUUGCUAUAUGCGCACAAACAUAAAAACACAAGCACUAGCUCUUAGUACUAUAGUUGUAGCUAGUUAGUGUAAGUUGUUGUUUCUGUAUAGACAACAAUUAAGAUCUUCAUAUUCUCUCAAAUGGCUUCUUCAUUUACCACUACGAUGUUAAUGAUUAUGAUCAUGUGGAUGUGUUUGUGCACUACCCCAUUUGGUGAUGCUAGCUCUGGUAAAGAUUUCUCACGGUCAGAGUGCUUAAAAGUACCAACAUCCGAGUUCCUCAGCUCUGUGAAGACCACCAUCGACGCUGUGCAAAGCGUGGUUUCCAUUAUCUCUCCCUUUGCUAAGCUUUUUGGCGAUUUACGCGUUUCUAAUGCCAUUUCCGACUGCCUUGAUUUACUUGACUUCUCGGCUGAUGAGUUAACAUGGUCUCUCUCAGCUACACAAAAUCCCAAAGGUAAUCAAAAUGGCACUGGAAAUCUAAGUUCUGAUUUAAGGACAUGGUUAAGUGCUGCACUUGUUAAUCAAGACACAUGCAUUGAGGGAUUUGAAGGUACCAAUAACAUUGUGGCAGGAUUGAUAGACGGUGGCCUUAACCAAGUGACAUCUUUGGUCCAACAACUUUUAGACAUGGUGCACCCGGUUUUGAAUAACCCCCGUGGGCGUAGGCUGUCAGGCAAUGCUAACGAGCAAUUUCCGUCAUGGGUGAAAUCCGAGGACAGAAAAUUGCUACAAGCAAAUGGGAUUACUGUUGAUGUUAUUGUAGCUGCAGAUGGGAGUGGGAAUUACACAAAAGUGAUGGAUGCAAUCAAAGACGCUCCUGAUUAUAGCAUGCGCCGUUAUGUUAUAUACAUCAAGAAGGGUGUCUAUAAUGAGACAGUGGAGAUCAAGAAGAAGAAAUGGAAUCUUAUGAUGAUCGGAGAUGGUAUGGAUGCUACUAUCAUAACCGGCAAUCAUAAUUAUGUUGAUGGUUGGACCACAUUUCACUCAGCAACCUUUGCUGUGAGUGGGAAAGGGUUCAUAGCGCGAGACAUGACAUUCGAGAAUACUGCAGGGCCAGAGAAACACCAAGCAGUAGCACUAAGAUCCGACUCUGACUUAUCGGUCUUCUUCCGAUGUGGGAUAAGGGGAUACCAAGACACACUAUAUACACACACCAUGCGCCAAUUUUAUAGAGAGUGUCGUAUAAGUGGCACCGUUGAUUUCAUAUUUGGUGAUGGUUCUGUGGUGUUCCAAAACUGUGACAUUCUAGUCAGGAAAGGCCUACCCAACCAAAAGAACACCAUAACUGCUCAAGGUCGUAAGGACCCAAGUGAAUCAACUGGCUUCUCCAUCCAAUUUUGUAACAUCUCAGCAGAUUCAGAUUUGGCACCCUCAGUUAAUUCCACAUACACAUACCUUGGUAGACCAUGGAAAGCAUAUUCAAGAACCAUUAUAAUGCAAUCAUACAUUAGCAAUGCCACAAGGCCCGAAGGGUGGCUUGAGUGGAAUGGUACUUUGCAUUUGGAUACAUUGUACUAUGGUGAGUACAUGAAUAAUGGGCCAGGGGCAGGCCUAAGUAACCGAGUUAAGUGGCCCGGCUACCAUGCACUCAACCAAUCAAGUCAAGUUAACAACUUUACCGUGGCCCAAUUCAUUGAAGGGAACUUGUGGUUACCAUCUACGGGUGUCAAAUACACAGCAGGGUUGGCAGUUUAAUUUAAGGAUUUUAACUAGUUGACCUAAUUUGUUCUUGUACCUAUCAUAUUCUUGUACCUAUUUAUAUUCUAUCUUUUAUAAUAUACAAAUAUAUUAAACUUUU